GGGAAUGGGGGCAGAGCGUGGGGGGGGGGGGAAGAAUGGAUAAUAAAUCUUAUUAAAUAUAUAUUUUUUCAUAAACUGAUUGGCUUGCAUUCCAGUGCAGCCCGGGCCAUAAAUCAAGAGGGAAAUGUGAUGGCUCCACACGGUAUUUAGCAAAUGAAGAAAGUUGGAGCUGAUCUUCAAUGGCUUGGAUGUGAUUGCCAUCCAGGGGCCGGCGCACUUGAGCCUAAGAGCUGGGGAAGAGCGAGAGAGGGAGAGAGAGAGGGAGAGAGGCUCUCCUGCUGGUUGGGUUUGGUUGUGGCAAGCCCCGCAGGGUCCUGCCAUUUCUUCCACUGACAACACCCCGGGAAGGAGGAGCUUCCCCCCGCGCGCCGCGCAGAAGGCGUCAGAACCCUCAAUUUCCAACUUAGCAUCUUGGCAGGACCUUUCGCAAAAGCCAAACGCAGAUCUCGAAAAAAAGCCUCUCAGUCCAAAGGCAACAACCACCACCAGCAACAACCGGGGGGGGGGGAAAGCGCAGCCCCGCUAGGCGAGCGAGCUGAGCGAGAAGCAGCAGCCGCCGGGAACCAGAAGCCAGGUGCUGGGGGGCUGCUGUCGCCGCUGCUAAUCCGCCAGCUGCCCCACCUGGCCAUAGGGCUUGGGGGGUGGGGGGGAGUCACCUAGAAAAAUCAAAGCGAGCGGCAGCUCCUGGCUAUUCUGCUGCCCGUGUAUAUGUAUGUGCUUGGCCAUGUCGUAUCCUCAGGGUUACUUGUACCAGCCAUCCGCUUCCUUGGCUCUCUACUCCUGCCCGGCUUACAGUACCAGCGUGAUCGCCGGACCCAGGACCGAUGAACUUGGGAGAUCUUCCUCGGGCUCCGCUUUCUCGCCUUACGCCGGAUCUACCGCCUUCACCGCCCCUUCUCCGGGUUACAACUCCCACCUCCAGUACGGCACAGACCCGGCAGCCGCCGCCGCCUUCACUUCGUACGUGGGCUCACCCUACGACCACACACCAGGUAUGGCAGGUUCCCUGGGGUACCAUCCCUACGCGGCGCCCCUGGGCUCCUACCCCUAUGGAGAUCCAGCCUACCGAAAAAAUGCCACCCGGGAUGCCACCGCCACCCUCAAGGCCUGGCUGAACGAGCACCGCAAGAACCCCUACCCCACCAAGGGCGAGAAGAUCAUGCUGGCCAUCAUCACCAAAAUGACCCUCACCCAGGUCUCCACCUGGUUCGCCAACGCCCGGAGGAGGCUCAAAAAGGAGAAUAAAAUGACCUGGACCCCCAGGAACCGGAGCGAGGACGAGGAAGAAGAGGAGAAUAUCGACCUCGAGAAAAACGACGAGGAUGAGCCCCAGAAGCUGGAGGAAAAAGGCGACCCGGAGGCUCCCGAGACAGGAGGAGGAGAGGAGCAGAAGGCAGCCCCGGGCUGCGAGCGGCUGCAGGAACCCCACUCCCCGGCGGGCCAGGAGGCCGAGGGGGGCCUGAGUGACUCGGAUUGUAAAGAGCCUCCGGAGGAGAGGCUGGAGGGGAGGCCGGGCCCCCCCAAAGCGGCCGGCCCUGCGGCCUUGGUGCAGUGCCCGGCCGGCCGGAUCCUGCAGCAGGCGGCUGGCGGCGAGGAGAUCCAGCACCAGUACCGGCCCCCUUCGGCAGCCGCCGCCGCCCCCCACCCGGGAGAGCUGCACCCCAUCACCCCCUCCAGCAACAGCACGUCGGUGAUCCACUCGCCGCAGCAGGCGGCCCUCGCCAAACCCAAACUCUGGUCCCUGGCCGAGAUCGCCACCUCCGCGGACAAAUCGAAAGAGAGCAGCAGCGAGGUGUCUCCGGGAGCGGGGCCGACCCAGGGCCCUCCCUUGGCCGGGAGCAGCACCUCGCAUUCCCCGUCGCGGUCCCCCUCCUCCCAGUGCCCUUUUCCUAACAGCGCCGUCCUCUCCCGGUCCCUUUACUACGCGUCUCCGUUUUACCCGGGCUACACGAACUAUAGCACUUUUGGGCACCUUCACAGCCACGCUGGCACCAACCCGGCAGCCGGAGCCCCCAGCAGCCAUUUCAAUGGAUUAAACCAGACUAUUUUAAACAGAGCAGAAACCUUGGCUAAAGAAACUAAAAUGAUCAGAAGCCAAUCCCAAGUAGAUCUUUGCAAAGACUCACCUUACGAACUGAAGAAAGGUAUGUCCAACAUUUAAUAUUGGCUUCUUCUCCGAUAACUCCCCCUGGGACUUUGGUUUUUUUUUAAUUUAUUUAAUACUUUGGCCGUUAUUUUUCCACUACCAAGAGAAAAAAUAAAACAAAACAAAAAAAUCAAAGACACACGCCUAGUCAAAAGUUUAUAGUUCAUAGGAAAUGGCUGAGUAUAAAAGAACUCAGAAAUGUCUUAAUCAACUGAAAACAAAACAAAAAUUACACACAAAAGGAGAAAGAUUUGUAUUAAAUCUUAUUCUGUAUAUUUAAUGUAGCUUUUUGUAUUUAAAUUGAUAAUACAGUAUCUUUGAAGUAACUUAUGAAAUCAAGACACCUGUACAGGCAUUAAUGUGGUUUUCCCGUAAUAUAAAUAUAUACAUUUGUGUCUUUUCCC